UUGGAUGUGCCGCUGUCAAGCAGUCCUGAGAAGGCAGGGAAAGACAAACCUCAAAUCAGCAUUAUGUAGCUACAAUCUGCCUCGUCUUCGCUCGCUAAAAGGCUUCAUCAAUUUCAACCGGUUCACACGCGAAACUUGUGGAUAGCGCGUUCCUGUUUUUUGAGAACAUUUUCCUCUGAGCCUUUGCAUUCUCCAGAGGUGGUACCUUCACAUAUUCCUGCCUGACAGCCUCUCGGUUUGAUUUUUCGCUACAGAAUGAACCUGGUAACGCAGUAGCCAAUUGCACUCGGGGUUGUGCUGUUUUAUAUGUGUCGGACCAUCCACGAUCACCACCGGGCAGCGAAGGAAGGAAAGCCUGAAUGGAGACAGCGAGCCAUACACCGGGACCUCCCCGAGUGCUCCUCCGCUGAUUGUGGCCCGAUUCAUGGAGAGUUUGGCCGGCUUUGUGUCGCGCUGGGGCCGCUGCUGUGUGACAGUACGCCGAGGAUAUUUCAGCCUGUUGAUGAUGGACCGCAAAGUGUCGUGAGAACAGCUUUAUGGUCCGUGUUCUGCGCGUAAGUGGCUAACCAGAUUGACGAGACGCUGAGAGAAGACAUGUUUUUUGAUGGCUCCGGGGUGGCGAAGGACAAAUGUAACAGUGGACAGUAAAAAUGGAUGAAAGUAUUGCCUGAGAGCUGGCGCAGGCUGGAGGGAGGGGGGUCCAUGGUGCGCCCAGGCCUACGACUUGAUAACAGUGAAGUUGAGUGAAAAACGGUCAUGUGGUACGCGCAGAGAGGAAUACCCGGUCCCAACUGAAAGACCCGAGUUUGUGAAGGAUAACUGCUUUGAUUAAAGAUUCCCAAAGGGAGGAAACCGGCUUCCUGGUUCAAGGGGGUGGGGGCAAAAAUAUAUUAUACAUGCCUUCUGUUGGAGCACUUCAUCAACUGGCUUUGGUGUGGCCUAGAUGAUACCCAUCUUAUUUGUGUUGUGUAUUUAUAACUGAUCAAAAUGAAGGCUUAGGAACUAAAGUGGACCUUAAAAGACAUAAGAGGACACAGAGGAGCCUCAAAAGAAAUAAACUUGGAAAAAAAAAGAAAAAACAAAAUCUUCUGAAGUGGGUUGAAGCAUGGGCUGUGCUUCAAGUAUUCAUAUCUCUGAUAGGGUGGUCUACCACAGUGGAAAAGAGUCCGAGGAUUCCCACUCGCCCCAGCAGACUAACACCACUCAGCAUCAAGGAAAUCCUGCCUCUGGACUACUGCCCCUCAAACCCCCCAGCGGCAAGACCACAUUAACAGAGGUGCAAUUUGGACCAAUGAAGUUAUUUAAAGAUCCACUUCAGGUACUUUUAGUUUUUGCCAAAGAGGACAGUCAGAGUAAUGGCUUCUGCUGGGCGUGUGAGAAGGCGGGCUGUCGCUUCAGUUUGGCGCGGACAGCCGAGUCAGCGCUCGAAUGUUUCGUGGAGAAACACCACGACCUCGUCAUCAUCGACCACAGACAUUCCAAACACUUCGACGCAGAAGCACUGUGCCGGUCAAUUCGAUCGGUCAUCUCUUCAGAAAACACUGUGAUAGUUGCUGUUGUGAAAAGGCCAGACCGAGAGGAAGCCUCUGUGAUGCCUCUCAUAAACGCUGGCUUCAACAGGAGAUACGUGGAAAAUGCCAAUAUGAUGGCCUGCUAUAACGAGCUGCUGCAGUUGGAGCACGGAGAGGUCCGGGCGCAGUUCAAACUAAGGGCUGGGAACGCUCUUUUCACAGCAUUGGAACAGAGCCAAGAGGCCAUAGAAAUCACAUCUGAGGAUCAAGUCAUUCAGUACGUGAACCCGGCCUACGAGUCUAUAAUGGGCUACCAACAGGGGGAGCUGAUAGGAAAAGAAAUCAUAGAAGUGCCUAAAAGUGAGAAGAAUAAGCCUGAUCUCCUUGAAACAAUAAACUCCUGUAUACGCAAAGGCAAGGAGUGGCAGGGGAUUUACUAUGCCAAAAAGAAGAAUGGAGACAGCAUUCAACAAAAUGUGAAGAUCACUCCUGUGAUUGGACAGGGAGGUAAAAUCAGACACUAUGUGUCUAUCAACAGGCCUUUAAAUGAUAAUAAUAAGAGUGAAAAACCCAGUGAACGAGUGCAGGCGGAGUCUCAAACAGACAUCCAAUCCAGCAAACAUAAGGACCGCAGGAAAGGCUCACUGGACGUCAGAUCCACUACGUCACGAGGGAGCGACGGGAGUUCCCAGCGAAGACACUCCUCUAUGGCUCGAAUCCACUCCAUGACCAUCGAAGCUCCCAUUACAAAGGUGAUAAACAUCAUAAAUGCGGCGCAGGAGAGCAGUCCCAUGCCUGUAGCAGAGGCUCUGGAUCGGGUUCUGGAGAUACUCAGAACCACAGAGCUGUACUCGCCUCAACUGGGAACCAAGGAUGAAGACCCCCACACCAACGACCUCGUGGGGGGGCUCAUGACGGAUGGCCUUAGAAGAUUAUCAGGAAAUGAAUACAUCUUUUCCACAAAACAGCCACACCACAUCCCCAGUCACCUGACCACUCCCCUGUCUCUGAAUGACAUCCCGCCCCGGAUCGCACAAACCAUGGAAAACGAGGACUCAUGGGACUUUGAUAUCUUCAACCUGGAAGCAGCAACUAUGAAAAGACCUUUGACGUACCUGGGGCUGAAGAUCUUCUCUCGUUUUGGAGUGUGUGAGUUUCUCAACUGCCCUGAGGCGACACUGCGUUCGUGGUUACAGGUGAUCGAGGCAAACUACCACUCCACCAACUCCUACCACAACUCCUCCCACGCAGCUGACGUCCUACACGCAACCGCAUACUUCCUCUGCAAGGAAAGAGUCAAGCAAAGCCUGGACCCCAUAGACGAGGUGGCUGCCCUGAUCGCUGCUACGGUUCAUGACGUGGACCAUCCAGGACGCACCAACAGCUUCCUGUGUAAUGCCGGCUCCGAGCUCGCCAUCCUGUACAACGAUACGGCCGUGCUGGAGAGUCACCACGCUGCCCUCGCAUUUCAGAUCACCACAAGAGACGACAAGUGCAAUAUCUUCAAGAACAUAGAGAGAAACGAGUACCGGACGCUGCGGCAGGCCAUCAUCGACAUGGUGCUAGCCACGGAGAUGACCAAGCACUUUGAACACGUCAACAAGUUCGUCAACAGCAUCAACAAGCCACUAGCUGCUCUGGAGGAGAAUGGGGGUAAUAACGACGAGGAGGCUGUGAAAAGUGUGUUGACGUCGCCAGAAAACCGAAUCCUGGUGAAGCGGAUGUUGAUCAAAUGCGCUGACAUCUCCAACCCCUGUCGACCCCAGGAGCUCUGCAUCGAGUGGGCCGGCCGCAUCUCCGAAGAGUAUUUUGCACAGACGGAUGAGGAGAAGAGACAGGGUUUGCCGGUGGUUAUGCCGGUGUUCGACAGAAACACCUGUAGCAUCCCGAAGUCCCAGAUUUCCUUCAUAGACUACUUCAUCACAGACAUGUUCGAUGCAUGGGAUGCUUUUGCAGACCUCCCAAACCUCAUGCAGCACUUGGACAACAACUUCAAGUACUGGAAAGGGCUGGACGAGAGGAAGCUCCACAGCCUGAGACCACCUCCCGAGUAGGACCGGUCUGUGGUGUCUCUAAACCAGACAGCGCUCCUCUGGAUCCUGUCCCAUCAGAGAGAGAGAGAGAGAAAGAGAGAAAGAGCAAGAGAGAGGCAUGCUUCUCUCUCCCUCCCUGCCCCUCGCCAGCCAAAACCUGGGUCACCUUGCCUCGACACUCCUGCCUUUGUAGCAGUACUGUAUCUCCGUCCAAAUGGCAAAUACAGAAGGACAAAUACAUGGGGACAGUGCAAAGAUGGACACAGUGAAUCCUUAAUAAGACUAUAUAUGCCUGCUUCUAGAGGCAUUCGUAGCUGGUGACUGGGCGAGGGUCCCUUCAUAUCGGCCUUGUUUUGGGCAAAUCCUCUCUUCUCUUCCCCCACAUGGACUCUCUUGUCUAGAGCUGAACAGUUUACAGUGGGGAGAUGGAUGCCGAGUGGGUGUGAAUUCACUCAGGUUAACUCUUGUGGUCGAAAAUACGCCGGACUGCCCCUGAUUUGAAAAAAUGAACACUCCUCUAUUUUUUUGUUUUUUUGUUUUAGCAAUAUUUUUGGGUCCUUCCGAAGCAUACAAAACGUAGCUGUAACUCCACAUAACAGCUGCGUGUCUCUUUCUAUUGAAUGGGUCGCUAAUAUUAUUUAGGCCACUGCUAAGAGACAUGCAAUCAUAGUUAACUAAUUACAGAUGAUUUGUUAAUUUUCUUAGAUAUUUUGUUGAAAAUUUAAAAGACAGAAAAGCCAAAGUUAAUUAUGGAAAAUAUGAAAAAAAAAUCAAAAUUAUUAUGGAAACAGAGUGUUACCAUAUUAUUUUUUUCUUAUCAAAAAACACUCAAAGUUUGAAUGGACACUUUUCUAUUGCACUGUAACAGUAGAAGCGUCUCAGAGAUUUGCCUAAGGAUACGGGAUGUCGUGUUGGAAAUAAGCUGUUUUUUUUUUUGUUUUUUUUUCUUGUUUUUUUUUUUUUCCUUUUUUGUUUUGUUAAAUCAGGAGUUUGUGUGUAUGUGUGUGUGUGAAUGGUGGGUGGGUGCGUAAUCAUAGUUGCAACAAUCCCUUAUGACUUUUUGGUUUAAAACCGUCAAAGAACCUUCAACAUUUGAACAACAACAGGAGGAAGAAGAAAAAAUAUAUGUGAAGAAAAAAAACAUUUUGGACUUGAAAUUUUUUUCUCCCAGAAAUUUUUGUAUCUGGUUUAUCCUACUGAAAAGACUGCCUUAUUUUAUACAAUAUUUAUACACUACAUCCCACUGUGCAACCGCAAAGGACAUCUGGAGUUUUUAUUAGUCCAAAGGUUAUGAUCAAGUAAAUCUCACUAUUUUUAUAUAGGCAAUGAAUUUUACACUGGAUUUGCAGCAGAGUGAGAUCAACCAUUAUAGCGAUCUGGAUACUCUGGUAUUCAGAAAGCAGUAUGGUAAAGAAAGAGGAUUUCAGAUGUUGUCUAUCACUGUUAUUGAGGCCUCCUUUUGAUAAGUUCAAUCAGUUCAGUUUUUGGGCCAAUAUCUUUAUGCACAGAGCCAGGGAGCAGCUUUUUGUUGGAGUUGGAGGUUGGUUUCAGAUUAGGAUACUAAUAUAUGUUAAAGAUUGUUGCUUAUUAAGAUUAUUUCCUCUUUAAACAGUAUAUAAAUGCCAUUACAGCUAAGCAAAUGGUGGUAAAUGAAAAGACCAUAGUUAUAUCUUUAUUUCUCUCCUAAGACAGAACUGUAUACACACAAUCAGGGGAUCUGUUUGUUCCUUCUUCUGAUUCACAUCUUGGUCUGAAGGCACGGAAAAAAUAGAAACUAUUCAAUGAAGAAUAAAAUAAUGUCAAUUAUAUGUCU